ACUCUCCUUUAAGUCUUCCAAUUAUAGAGAGAAUGAUGAACUGAAAAUUCUUAAAUGUAAUUGGUCUAAAUUUAGAAAGAAAUAAAUCCAAGAAUCAAAACUGUAGAAUUGGAUGGAAACGUAAAUUAAUAUUAGAGAUAUGGAUAUUAUCUGGUCUGUAUAAGAUAGUUACUACGAUUUAAUACGAAAUUAACUGUUAGCAUAAUUUGUGGGUAUAAAAUUGGAAAAACCAUGUUUUAGCCAUUGAAGCCUCCCUAGGUCAAAACAAACACAAAGAUCUAUCAAGACAGAAUUUAAAACCACCAUUUUGUUCCAAAAGACAGCAACACCAACCCUUAUAACUACUAACUCCUGCGAGCACCAACCCCUAAAGUUUCAUUACCCACAAGAAAUCAAACAAGAAUGGUGAAGGUUCUUGUGAUCAUAAACUGCAUAAUUCUAGCCAUAGGAAACUGUGGAGGUCCUUUGAUUAUGCGUCUCUACUUCAACAAUGGUGGUAAAAGGAUUUGGUUCUCUACUUUUCUUGAAACUGCUGGCUUUCCAGUUAUCUUCAUCCCAUUGCUCUUCUCUUACAUUGCCCGGCGCAGAAGCAACAAUGUGGGUGAUGAUACAAGUUUCUUUCUUAUCAAACCGCGUCUUCUUAUCGUGGCUGUUUUCAUAGGCAUUCUUUCAGGCUUUGAUAACUACUUGUAUGCAUAUGGUAUAGCUUAUCUCCCAGUUUCAACAGCUGCUCUCAUCAUUGCUUCACAGUUAGCUUUCAUAGCUAUCUUCUCAUUCUUCAUGGUUAAACAUAAGUUCACUCCUUUUACCAUUAAUGCUGUUGUGUUGUUGACCGUUGGAGCUGCGGUUUUGGGAAUGCAUACCGAAACUGAUAAGCCGGUUCAUGAGACUCAUAAGCAGUACAUUAUUGGGUUCUUGAUGACUGUAGCUGCAGCUGUUAUGUAUGCUUUUAUCUUGCCAUUAGUGGAACUUGCUUAUCAGAAAGCUAGGCAACCCAUGAGCUAUACUCUCGUGCUCGAGUUCCAGUUGAUUUUGUGUUUCCUUGCUUCUAUUGUCAGCGUCAUCGGUAUGUUCAUAGCUGGUGAUUUCAAGGUUAGUCACUCUUUUGAAUCUUACAAACCUGCAAAAGAGUUUUAACAGAGACUUGAACCCUUCACUCUUUUUUUGCAGGCCUUACCAAAAGAAGCAAGAGAGUUCAAGCUUGGAGAGGCACUGUUCUAUGUGGUGGCUGUGUUUUCAGCCAUCAUAUGGCAAGGCUUCUUCUUGGGAGCCAUUGGAUUAAUCUUUUGCACAUCGUCUCUCGUCUCGGGAAUUAUGAUAUCAGUGCUUUUGCCAAUCACAGAGGUUUUAGCUGUUAUAUUCUACCAUGAAAAGUUUCAAGCAGAGAAGGGACUUUCUCUAGCUCUCUCCCUUUGGGGUUUUGUCUCUUACUUUUAUGGUGAGAUAAAGUCUGGCAAGGAUAAAAAGAGAAUUCAGCAGGAGGAGAGUCCGGAGACAGAACAAUCUUCUUUGUCAAGUGAGUGUUAAAACUA